AAUAUUGCACAUCUAAUUCCCAUUCUAUAUAUAUAUAUAUAUAUAUAUAUUUGGUCUAUUACAUGUUUUGCUUAACAGUUGUGAAUCAGUCUUUCUUGUUUUUGGUUAUUUUUUAAUCAGCUUUGUUUAACAAUUUUUGAUGCUAAAAAAAACUUGCGGCUAAGCCAAAACCUUGGAGAAUUAAUUUAUUAAUGUAUCUAGCAAGUUCCGGAUGGAAACUUAUAAAGAAUAUUAUAGUAGAAAGGUUUGGCAAUACAAAAAUUAUUUGGAUAUAUAAUGUUUUUUGAUUUACUUGAUAAUCUUAUUCCAGCAAUCCUGAAUAUCUAUACGGUUCUUUUUCGAAAUAAUAAAUUUGAUGAAUAUGUUGAUACAAUAUUUCAUCUAUGGUGUAUGAUGAGAAGGUUCCAAAGACAUAAUUAUGAUAAAAUUCUUCUUGCCUUUUUGUUUGAUGUGUAUUAUUGGCAAUCAAUUAACCAUCCUAUCAUCAAAACCACAGCAAAAGUUUCUUCAAGUAAAUCCUUUAGACGUGAUGCUCUAUUUAUUGAUAAUUUUCAAAAUGAAAAUUUAUUUGCUACAUCAUUCGUACCCAAAAAGAGACUCAUUAUUAUUUUACAUCCAUUCCUAUAAGUUUUCCUUUGGGUGCUUUACCUCUUGGAUACCAUUUUCCUGUACCUCCAAAUAUGAAAAAGUUUUGUGAUAAAAACUUUUGCAGAAAUUCAACAAA